AUGGGCAAGAGCUCCAGCGACGGCAUGAGCCCCAGCGACGGCCAGAAGGCAUACCAGGCCGACGUCAAGGUCACUGAGGAUCAGCCAGGCGUUAUCCAGGACGCCGUGUUCGGCGAGAUCACAGAAGGCGGACCCAACUUUCGCGGCGUCGGCCUCGGCGGCACGUUCGUGCUCAUGACCAAGGCCAACGUCGGCCUCGGCAUCCUGCAGAUCCCGUUCGUGUUCAUGACGAUCGGCCUGAUUCCCGGUAUCAUCCUCCUGGUGGCCAUGGCAAUCUUGGUCAUGUGGACCGCAACAUACAUCCAGGGCUUCAAGCUCAACCAUCCCCAGGUGUACGGCUACGCGGACAUUGGCGAGGUGUUAUUCGGUCGCGUCGGCCGGGAAGUCUUCAGCGCCGUCUUUGUCAUCAACUUUGUCUUUGUGUCCGCCUCGGCCAUCGUGGCAGUAAGCACGGCGCUCAACGCCGUGUCAAUGCACGGGACAUGCACGGCCGUCUUCAUCGCGGCGAGCGCCGUCGUCGGCUGGAUGCUUACGUCCAUCAAGACUCUCGGCAACAUUACGUGGCUCGGCUGGGUCGGCAUGGUCUCGAUCCUCGCAUCAGUCCUUACCCUCACCGUCGCUGUUGGCGUUAAUGACCGGCCGGCUGCUGCUCCGCAAACCGGACCAUGGGACAAGGACUUUAAGCUCUUUGAAUCGGCCACCGCUGUCGGCGGUAUCAGUGCCAUCACCAAUGUCCUUUACGCGUACGCCGCCACCCCGACAUAUUGGGGUAUUAUUAGCGAGAUGCGCGACCCGCGCAUGCACAACCGCAUGAUGGCAAUUAGCGUCACCCUCUGCGCUGCACUGUACAUCGUCAUUGGAUCGGUCGUCUACUGGUUCUGCGGUAAACACGUCUCGUCUCCCGCCCUCGGAUCCGCCGGUGUCCUCCUAAAACGGAUUUGUUACGGGCUCGCGAUCCCAGCCCUUCUGGUCUCGCUGUGCAUCUAUGCCCACAUGGCCGCAAAGUUCCUCUUCGUCCGCAUCCUCCAGGGCACAAAACACAUCUCGCAACCGACCAAGCGUCACUGGAUCACAUGGUUUGGAUGCACGACCACCGUCGUCGGGGUCGCGUAUAUUCUAGGCUCGGCGAUUCCUACGUUUGGCGCAAUUGUCGGCCUCAUCGGAUCGCUGUUUACUCCCCAGACGACAAUUAUCGUCUUCCCACUUAUCUGGUGGCACGACCACUGGCGUUACACGCCAAAAGACCAGCGGUCGUACCGCAUGCUCGCGGUCAACGUCUUCAUCUUGGUUGCCGGUAUCUUCUUUGUCGUCGGCGGAAUGUACGCCGCUGUUACGGAUCUCAUCAAGACAGGCUCGACUAAUGGGCCAUGGACGUGUGCCGACAACUCGGGCUCGGUGCCUGCGGCGUAA